AAUAUCUGCAUUUCAACUCAUUUAGAAAAGUGUUCUUGUCCAUUCUGCAUGUUUAUUGAGUGUUGAAUGUCGCCUUCGAUGUUUUAUUUUGAAGGGCUUAACCGGAUGUCGACAGAUUAUCAUAGCUAGCUUGGUGGUUGUUAAAAAAUCAAAAGGCGUAGCUGUAAACAUCAGAGAAAGCCGAAAAUAAAGAGCGGAUAUUAACGACAGAAAAAGCCGGUUUCUCGGAUAGUCCUGUCACGUCUCACACAGUCUACCGCUACCGCUGGAUUCCGGUUACCGUCCGUGGUUGUCAUAAUUACACUCAGCCCCCAAAUCAAAAAGACAACCGGGCGUUAGCCAGCUAGCUAGCUAGCACAGCCACCUAGCCGUAGGAGCAGCAGCCGCAGCUAGCAUUAGCAUCGGACGAUAAAGAUGAUAGCGCUAAUUAACAAACUGCUGGACUGGUUCAAGGCGCUCUUCUGGAAGGAGGAGAUGGAGCUGACCCUGGUGGGGCUGCAGUACUCCGGGAAAACCACCUUCGUCAACGUGAUAGCGUCCGGACAAUUCAGUGAAGACAUGAUCCCAACAGUCGGGUUUAACAUGAGGAAGAUCACUAAAGGAAAUGUCACCAUCAAGUUGUGGGAUAUCGGCGGUCAGCCUCGAUUCAGGAGCAUGUGGGAGCGUUACUGUCGAGGAGUCAGUGCGAUUGUCUACAUGGUGGACGCAGCAGACCCAGAGAAGAUCGAAGCCUCCAAGAACGAACUCCACAACCUGCUGGACAAACCGCAGCUGCAGGGCAUUCCUGUUUUGGUUCUGGGAAACAAGAGGGACCUACCAGGGGCUCUGGAUGAGAAGGAGCUCAUAGAGAGGAUGAACCUGUCGGCCAUCCAGGACAGAGAGAUCUGCUGCUAUUCCAUCUCCUGCAAGGAGAAAGACAACAUUGACAUCACUCUUCAGUGGUUGAUCCAACACUCCAGGACUAAGAGGAGUUCCUGAGAGACAGACACGCCCACAAACAGAACAGGCCAAGCCCACCUGUACUUAAACACACUCGCUCUUUGAUCAAAAACCUCCCAUCCCCAAAUGCUUUCCCCUUCAACCAUCAUGUCCCCAUCCUUAUAUUAAUACCUCCUGACCCCCAGUCCUUCCCUUACCCUCUGCUUUGAGACGCACUGAUACCUUUUUUUAAUCUUGUAAAGUAUCAAACAAAAGAAGUAAAACAUGUCAGAAACCAAAGCAACACCUCCAUCUGUACAUGCCAGUGUUAAAUCAUCAUUCCCCACUGGAUUGGAUUGUUACAAAAAAAUCAUACUUCAUCUGGGAUUUCUCACCUUAGAUGGCGUUUUAAAACUUACUAGCUCUUGCUCCUUUCUUAUUUCCUUGUUCAAGUACUCUUUCUUUUAGUGGAACAAGGAAUUUCAGUGACACUGACAUGCAACCGUGUUGGCAUGUUUUGGAGACUGCGCCUAUGUCUUUGUACUUGCAGUAUUUUUAAAAGUACCAGCAGAAAAAGCACACUAAUCAACAGUUACCUGCAGAUGUCUUCUCUGGGGAACAGAAGCUGACAUCUUUUAUCUUGUUGUGAAACUGGUAUUUAUUAACCAUAUUAUGAUAUUAAUCAGUAACUUUGCAUUUUACCCAAAUUACACAGGACAAACAUUUUGAUAGGGAUGAUUUUCUCUCAUUAAAACCUGAGAAAAGAAACGCAAAGGUUAACAUGACACCAUUCCUUAGAAUGUUGUCAGACAUUGUGAGACAAAUCAUGGUAAAAUGCAAAAUUUUAAACCUUAAUAUUACUGCAGUAAUUAUCAUUAAGCAUUCAUACAACAACAGCAAAAAAUAGAAGUUCUAGGAACACAAUAGUGAGUAAGUUCUUGGAUUUAGAUGACAAAAUAUGCAGGCAAACUCCUGCACAAUAUCUAAAUUGUACUAAUGUGCUAAAGCAUGGCCAAAGUUCUUGUAUAAUUUGGAUAAGUGUGCAGGAGUCUGCUUGAUUCAUUCCUCUCCUUUGCAGCUGUCUUAUAAGAUGCACUUUGUUUUUAAAGCUUUGGUACUUUUGGAGUUCCUCAGGGCUCACGUCUAGAUCUCCUUUUCUUUGCUGUGCCUCCAAUUGGCCAAAUUAUUCAGAGAGCAUUGCUGCGAUGGAAGCGACGCGUCGCCGCCUCAAGUUGCAGCAGUGUGAGCUGACAGGCUUUCAGUUGUGCCUCUGCAAGCCGUUGUAACUCGUCUCAUUGGGUUGGGCUUUAAGAAAUAGGGGUUAAAUAAGACCAGCAGCCAUGUGAAUGUUUGAUACUGAACAGGUCAGUGGUAUCAGUGCUUCUAACAGAUCCACAAAACAUCCUCUAAAUCUUUUCAGACCUCACACAAACUUCCUGUUUUGCUCUUUGAAGUCGGUCACGUUCACCUUAAGCCUCAUCAGAACGUGUAAAAACAGAAGAAAACAGCCGUGAAGACACACCUUAGCAGCGUUAGCCUGUUAGCUGGAGUCUGUUCUGUGGAUCUUCUGCAUAACUUUUACCCAUGAUCCUACUCUCCUCUCAUUUUAAACCAGUAACCACAAAUUUGCCUUCAUAGUUUCCUUUCCCUCCUUCUCCUCCUUUGUUUUCGACUCUCCUCUCUACCUCCACAUUUCCAUCCUUCCAUCCCUCAAUUAUUUCACAUUUAUAUAAUCCUGAGAAGCUUCUCCUCUUCCUCCCUCGUCUCUUGUGAACUGCUUGUCCUCUUCCUCCUUCCCUCUUUCCUUCCCUUCUUUUUCUUAUUUUUGGAUGUAACCUUCGCUCCUCGCCGCCAAACCCAGCCCCUUGUCGUCUCUCUCUCUUUCCUGCCGAGCGAGGGAUUAAGAACCUUUUUAUUGCACUGUUGAUUUUGGUUUUGUAAGAUAUUAAUAAUGAGAAUAAUGUUAAUAAUAAUCUUCUUAUUGUGACAUAACCUGGUCUGUCCAGAUUUAAGGAAGUGGUACUUUAACUGGAGAAGGAGAAAUGUUAUUGUUUCUGUUCAUAUCUCUGUAAUAAGCUUUUUAUUUCUUAAAUGUUUUAUAUUGUUAUUUUUUAUUGUUGUUUUUUUGACUUCAUAAGUCUACAAUGGAUGUGUGUCAGUGGUUUCUGCUCUGAGAUGUCUGCUGAUUGGGCCAAGGGUGUCAAACAUACCGAAUAUUUAUGAUUUAAUUCCAGUGAAGCACAUUCUGGAUUUCAUUUCCAGUGUCUAAUUUUCAGAGAAGUCCCAUCUUGUCAUACAGUAUUCUCUGAAUUUGUCUUUCCAACACGUCAUCUUUCCAUACACAACCAUCCUUAAGAAAACUUGAUUUUAAUUACUACUAAUUAGUAAAUUAAAUAUGGAUGUCUAUUGAUGUCAAUGUUUUUUUUUUCCUGUGCUGAGGUGAUAGUGUACCUGGUUUUGUCUCAGUGCGGAGAUAAGAUUUUGUUUCAAAAAUGGUUGCAAGUAGUAAUACAACCCUAUUGAAAAGUACAGGGCGGUUUGGGACGCCGUAUGAGAGCCGUAUCGUGAGUCCAAGGUUCCAAAGAAUUUCAGAAUGGUGGGUUGAUUCUCGUGCCAAAAGUCUCUCAUGAAUGUCCCAGUGACAAUGUUCUCAAAUCAGUCAGUGGCCAGCACAUGUCUCGAUGUCACAUUAAAUCUGAUCUCAGAGUUCUGACUUUAAUCUCAGAGUUCUGACUUUGAUUUUAGCAUUUUGACUUUGAUCUCAGAAUUCUGACUUUGAUCUUUGAUCUCAGAGUUCUGACUUUAAUCUCAGAGUUCUGACUUUAAUCUCAGAGUUCUGACUUUAAUCUCAGAGAUCAAACUUUAAUCUAAGAGUUCCAACUUUAAUCUAAGAGUUCCAACUUUGAUCUCAGAAUUCUGACUAUAAUCUCAGAGUUCUGACUUUAAUCUCAAAUUCUAACUUUGAUCUUAGAGUUCCAACUUUGAUCUCAGAGUUCUGACUAAUCUCAGAGUUCUGACUUUAAUCUCAGAGUUCCGAUUUUGAUCUCAGAAUUCUGACUUUAAUCUCAGAGAUUACACUUUGAUUUUAGCUUUCUGACUUUGAUGUCAGAAUUCUGACUUUGAUCUUUGAUCUCAGAGUUCUGAUUUUAAUCUAAAGAGUUCCAACUUUAAUCUCAAGAGUUCUGACUUUAAUCUCAAGAGUUUUGACUUUAAUGUCAGAAUUCUGACUUUAUCUCAGAAUUCUGACUUCAAUCUCAGAGUUUAGACUUUGAUUGUAGCAUUCUGACUUUGAUCUCAGAAUUCUGACUUUGAUCUCAGAAUUCUGACUUUAAUCUCAGAGUUCAGACCUUUAUCUCAGAGUUCUGACUUUGAUCUUUGAUCUCAGAGCUCUGACUUUAAUCUCGGAGUUCCAACUUUAAUCUCAAGAAUUCAAACUUUAAUCUCAAGAGUUCUGACUUUAAUCUCAGAGUUCUAAAUUUUAAUCUCAGACUUCUGAAUUUGAUCUCAGAAUUCUGACUAAAACUUAGUAUU